UCUCCCCCCUUUUCUUCCCCUCUUUCUAAAAACCAACUCACAUGUAAAAUAACACUAACCCUAAUCCUUUGGACGAUUCAAUCUAUAUUAUACCUAAUAUAAAUCAAAUCAGAAAGAUGAAAGGAGGUACGCUUCAGAUCAAUUGGCACGACACGAAGCCCGUCUUAACCCUAGAUUUCCACCCUUUUUCCGGCCUUCUCGCCACCGCCGGCGCCGAUUUCGACAUCAAGCUGUGGUUGAUAGGCCCAUCUGAAGAAGGGGAAAAGAAAGUGCCUACAGCUACUUAUCAAAACAGUCUUUCUUAUCAUGGAUCGGCUGUUAAUGUUAUCCGUUUUUCGCCUUCCGGAGAGUUUCUCGCCUCCGGUGCUGAUGGCGGCGAGCUAAUAAUAUGGAAGCUGCACAAUUCUGAUUCGGGUCAUGCAUGGAAGGUCCUCAAGACACUGUCGUUUCAUCGAAAAGAUGUAUUGGACCUCGAGUGGUCUCCUGAUGGUACAUUUCUCAUAUCUGGAUCAGUGGAUAAUUCGUGUAUAAUAUGGGAUGUAUAUAAAGGGUCUGUUCAUCAGAUUUUAGAUGGUCAUUUUCAUUAUGUUCAAGGUGUAGCAUGGGAUCCCUUGAAUAAGUAUGCUGCUUCGCUCAGUUCAGAUAGAACAUGUCGUGUAUAUGUCAAUAAACCACAAAAUAAAACUAAAGGAAGUGAGAAGCUAAAUUUUGUAUGCCAGCAUGUCCUUACAAAAGUGGAACCACAAGUGUUAGAAGAAUCCAAGUCUGCUAAACACCACCUUUUUCAUGACGAGACACUGCCAUCUUUUUUUAGAAGACUAGCAUGGUCACCUGAUGGUUCAUUUCUUCUUGUGCCUGCUGGUUUAUACAAACUCUCGCCCACUUCUGAACCUGUCAACACCUCUUAUGUUUUGUCAAGAAAAGACCUGUCAAGGCCUACAUUGAUGCUUCCUAGUGCCAGUAAAGCUGUUGUAGCAGUGCGGUUCUGUCCCCUGGCCUUCAGCCUUCGUGGGUUGAGCUUAUCUUCAUCUUUCAAGCUUCCAUAUCGGUUGAUUUUUGCGAUUGCCACGUUAAAUUCGUUAUAUGUGUAUGACACGGAAGGCAUUGAGCCUAUAACAGUCUUAGCUGGACUUCACUAUGCAGCCAUAACAGAUAUUGCAUGGUCCCCCACAGCCAAGUUCUUGGCACUGUCUUCACAAGAUGGUUAUUGCACGCUUGUGGAAUUUGAGAACGAUGAAUUGGGAGUACCUGUCUCCUUUUCAGGAGAUGAGCAAAUUGCAGCAGAUCGACACACACUCAUCGCCCAUGAUGUUGAGAGCAUGGAAAGAACAAGAGAGAUCAAGAAAGUGAAUGAAAUUACAAAUGUUGAUGCUAUGGAAGCACAUAAACAGGAAGGAAAAUCAGCGCAACCUAGCUUGGUAAAUACUGAGAAACAAGAAGGAAAACAACCAGCCAAAAGAAGAAUCACACCCAUGGCCAUAGAUUGAGUUGAGCCUAUAGAAGGUGGCAUGUUUUAUCCGUACAAAAUUGUAUUGUUCGUUUUAAAUAUUUGGGCUGAAAGUAGACGUAAUCCAUUCAGAGUCCCCAGAUAUCACAAAUGCAUAUUGGUCCAACUUACUGUAGUUUUCUUUUAAGUUCUAAAAUUCCUCAUCAA